UCUCGAAUAUAAUAUAGUUCGUAUGUGUAACAUGAUUCUGAAGUUUUGGUUUCAUCAAAUGCUUUUACGUACUUUUAAGACAAGUCAAAACCGGCAUAGAAAAUAUUAAAGUUCACAAAAUUCUUCAAGAAAAUAUUAUGUUUCUGGAAGAAGGUCGUUGAGUGAUGCUGCAUUAGCUUAACUGAAAAACGAACUGAAAUUCAGAGUCACUGCGGAGACGUAAAAAAACUACAAAUCCCACAAAGCAUUAAUUAAACGUACUGUUCGUGUACGUGAUGACGCAGACGGAACGUAUUGCUGGGGAGAACGCAAGACGACUGGAAUAACUCAUCUUAGUCCUGUUUUAGCAGUGGGGUAUUAGAAGGGAAUAGGUGGAGGGCGGCAUAAGACAUGCCUAAUUACUAACCAGUCAACAAUUCAUUAAAACCUUUUAUUGAUGAUUUUUGGUUUUUUGUGGAAUCUCUACUUCUGAAAACGAUUUCCGACCUCUUUUCUGAACGUCUGAGCUGAGUGAGCUGCGACGACGUCGUCGAGCGGCGCUGUAAUUCUUUAAAGCUGUGUGUGUGUGAGAAUUCGAACAUGGUUAAGGCUAGGAAGUUCUGACAAGUGCUCCUCAUACGCACUUUGGGUUCACUGGGCCCGUGUGUCCCCUGGGAGCACCCGUCUCUGAGCUGACACGACAGGUGUCCUUGAGCACAUGGUCUGAAGACAGGCCGUGGACCCACAUCACCUCAGGACCAUGCUGACGCCGCUGCUGCGCAGGAACGUGUCGCAGAAGCUGAGCGUAUUCCUUCUGCUCUUCGGCCUGGUUUGGGGCCUCAUGCUGAUGAGGUACACCUUUCAGCGGCCACGUCACCAGAGUAGCGCUGAGCUGCGGCAGCAGAUCCUCGAUCUCAGCAAGCGAUACGUGAAGGUGCUGACUGAAGAGAAUCAGAGUGCUGCAGGCCCACAGGGCACCUCAAUGGCUGGAUACGCUGACUUAAAAAGGACCAUUGCUGUCCUGCUGGACGAUAUUCUGCAGCGCCUGGUCAAACUAGAGGGAAAAGUGGAUGCAGUGGUGAAUGGCUCACUGGCAAACAACACACACAACGCAGCAGGCCUUCCUAUCCACGCUCCUGCCACCUACCACAAGCCCACGAGACCGGAGACUCCCGUGGCACGCCCAGGGACACCCAGCAAAUCUGGUCAAGGGAGAUAGCGUGCUGCCAAUGACAAGGAAAGGGUUGCCUUUACUUGACCUUGGCUUCAGCUAACCACCUUAUUUUAUUAACAUUUUUACAAGAACAUUUUAAUCCAUUGUUUUUGCAUCCCUAACCUCAGAUUUGCAUAGUCAAAGCUUAAAUUUUUUCCUUUUUUUUAAAUUGUAUCAACAUAUCAGAUGCUGCAGUACGCAACAAAUUAUCCACAUUGUAAUUUUUCACCACACUUUUGCUGUGUUUUUUCAGCAAUCGCAGCACUAAUCAAAUUUCAAAUUGUCCUCUGUACUGAGUGCAUCUAUCAUUUGCACAUGAGGAUCUGCUUAGGUGUCCUGUACUUGAAUGUGUUACCAGGGAUGAGUUGCAAUGCUGGUUUUUCAGCAUCCAAGAGUAUGUGACGGCAGCCUGAUCGGAGUAUUCGGCUUGAACAUCAAAGCUGUGGAUAUAAAUGAUAAGAUAUCCAAAGAUUGUAAUUUGCACUCUAUGUGAAUGCUAGAUAUGUAUAUUUUUUUGGAUUAAUCAAAGUAAAAUGUAAUGUAGAAUGUAAGUUUUAUCAAACUCAUAAUUAAUAUAUGGCUAACUUAUCCUAGAGGAGUUGAUCUCCUCAAGUUACCAUUGGCCUUUAAAACUUUCACAACAUAGUUAAUGAUUACAUGUAAACAGUGAAGCCUUAGUAAUUUUUAAGAUUUAAUGGGAGGGAAAGCAUUCCUAAACUUUAAAAUAUUGUAGGGUAGACUAACCUGUGACAACAUAUUUUGUCCAUGCAAGCUUGAAUAGUGAUUAUUCAGUGGAAAAGCAAUUUCUGCUCACUGUUACAAAAUGCUUUGUUGUUUUGCAUUUUUAUUACUGUGGAUUCACUGACAACUUUCUGACCUAAAUGGUAUUCAUCAUGUUUUUGCAUUUUCCCAACUGCUGUAAGCUUAUGGAUGUACAAAUUUAUUCAUUACUAAUUGGAAUAUAGGUAUACAGUACAUAUUUCUCAUGAGCAUGUUGCAAACAGCCAUCAUUCAGGAACAUACCUAAAUAUUUGUCUAGAAUAAUGGACAGGCACUUAGCUUUUUGUGAAUGUUUUUAAGGGCACUGCUUUAGGGUUUUUCUCAGGAAAACAAAUUACACCAAGGAAAAUCAUUUAACAAACCAUUUAUUCAAGUAGUUGGAAAGUAUUUAAUUCCAAAGGACCUGUGUUUUUAUAGUAAUGAAAUGCACAUUAUUAGUUUAUAGCUAUAAAAACAGCUUGCUUUUCAAUACAGAACAACUAUACUGGUUUGUGAAGAAAAUCCACUUCUAGCUACUUACACCAGCUUUCAUUAUUAGAUACAUUGUUGUUUUAUUUAUAUAGUAUUUUUCUGUUUUUUAUGCCAGUGUGGUCAUGGCCAAUAAUGUGAUUUAUGACUCCCCCCUUCAAGUCCAAUAACUGUGUGCCUCAGGAGAGGUGAAUACAAGUAUGUAACUCCUCCAAUGUGACCUCUUUGAGUCACCUGUAUAUUUUCACUGUUACUGGCUGUAGGCAUCUGUUGGGUGAAGUAUCCUCCUUGAAGAGAAUUUGCCAAGCUGCAGCUGCAGACCUGCUCACCUGACUCUAGGUGUGAAGUGGGGUGAGAAGACAAGAAAAAAAUUGUGUUCAAUGAGCCUUCCUGUAACAAAUGAUGGGUGUGACAUGGUAGGGACUUGAACACAGGUGAAAACCAUGGGGUACGACUCAGUUUAUCCAUAUGUCAUUGGAGAUGACAUGACUGAUUGAUUAUGCUUUUUUUUCUCAAAUCUGCUGCAGUAAAGAUGCCUUUGAUCUAGGUUUAAGGUAUAUGUAUUUUGUCAUGACAUUUGUUUUAGAUGUUUUCAAACAGCAUUUUAAUUAGGUAUUGAAAUUUUCUUUUAUAUACAAUAUGAAGGGUUUAGCAUCUUUUUAUUAUGCAGCUUAUUGUUAGUUAUCAAAUGUCUUUGGAAAAUAAAGCUUUUAAA